AUGUAUAUUGUAUCGCCCCUUAAACCGCACGCAGUGCCGAUGGGCGACAUCCCCACGCACAUGUUCACCCGGGCCGCCCACCGGCAGCACACGGAGAAAGUGCUAAUUGACGCGGAGACCGGGCAGGGAUUCACCAUCAACGACAUCAUCCAGACGUCGCAGCAACUGGCACAGGGCCUGGCACAUAUGGGUCUGGCCAACACAGUCAUUGCGGCGUACGGGCGCGAUCCACGCAAUGUCUUUGUAUACUAUGCGGCGCUGCUCUCGGGCAAUGCGUUCCAGCUGGUCAGCUGCCGGGAGCAGCUGGAAAUUAGCCAGGCCAAGCUGGUGUUUGUAGAGGGCAGGCACAUGAGUGACCUCGGAACUGCGGCCGAAAUCAUCGCAUUCGACCGGGGGUCCCAUGCCUUCCGCACCCUCAGCGACCUGCUGGCCAGCGGCAUUGGGAUUAAGCCCCGGGCUAUGGCGCCCGAGGCUGCGGAGAAGGCGCUGGCGAUUUUGGCUGGCGGGCAGCGGCCGGUGAUGCUGUCGCACUAUGGCGUGCUGGCGGCUCCCGCGGGCUCGGGCCAGGGGGUGGUGGUGGCUGGCAUGCCGGGCAUCGGCAAUAUCGCGCACCUGCCGCUUCUGGCCGGCUGCACUGUGGUGCAGCUGCGCGAGUGCUCGGCCCUCGCCUGUCUUGCAGCCAUCGCCGCACAUAACGCAAAUGUAUUGCUGGCCACCAACGAGCUUCUGCUGGAGCUCCGCAACGCCCGUAGGCGGGACGGCUGGCUGGAGCUCAGCGGCCGCGCAUUCCCCACCGACUGCCUGCAGACGGUGUUUGUGUGGCAGAUGCACGCGCCCGGCUCCUUCAAGCAGCAGAUGCAGGAGCUUUUGCGUGCGCGCGUGGUCGAGCUCUACGGGUUUGUCGAGACCGGGCUGAUUGCCGGGCUGAUCUCCGAAUCCCCGCCGCUUCGGGACUCGGUCGGCGUAUUGUGCGCCAACGUCACCGCCCGCAUUGUCUGCGACGGCCGGGACCUGAAGCCCGGGGAGUAUGGCGAGAUUUGGGUCAAGACGCCGCGCCUGAUGAUGGGGUAUCUGGGCGGGUCCGCCGGGCUGGUCGACGGGUUCUUCUGCACCGGCGAUUUCGGCACUGUGACCGAGGACGGCGUGGUGGUGGUGAUGGGAAGAGUGGAUGACGUCGUCAGGAUGGAGGAGCGUCACGUGCCGCCCGUGGAAAUCGAGCGGGCGGUGCGUCAGUGUGCGGGCGUUGCAGACUGCGCGGUGGUGCGGGCAGCAGGACCCGGGCAUGACGUGCCGUUUGUGUUUGCUGAGCGCAGCGCCCCGGCUGCGCAGAUCUCUGCAGUGCUGGCAGAACUGGCAGGUGCGUAUCCGGGGAUCUGCGGGCGGUUUGUGGAUAUGCUGCCGCGGACUGCCACCGGGGCGGUAGCACGCACUGAGCUCGUUUCGAUGCUGUAG